AUGGAGAUUAGAUCUGAGCACCGAAAACAUUCCCGAAGUGGAAAGCGGAAAUGGGCUGUUCUGGUUGGGAUUGUGGCUCUUACUCAUAUCUUGUUGAUUCUUUCAUACGGAAGAUAUCUGUUGCCUGAUGGCAGAAGACUUAAACUGCCCAGUGAGAACAAUGCGUUGAUGACUCCACCACAAAACGCUCUUCUUAGAAAUACACUUGCGGUUAACGUUUCUGGAGGCUCGAGGCUUCAUGUCUUGGAGAAAAAUGGGUAUGUUUCAGGUUCUGAUUUUAUGAAUGAGUCAGAGGAUGAUGAAGGGUUUGAUGACGGUGUUGAUUUGGAGAGCUUUGAAGAUGCAAAGGACAGUGUCAUCAACAAAGAUGUGGCUGGAAGUAGUGGAAAUGACAGUCUUUUUCCAUCAGAGAAAACAGUAACGCAAAAUGUGUCGCUGCAAAUCCAGAAGAAGGUGAAGAGCUCUAAGUUAAGUCCAGGCUCCUCCAUAGCUGCUCCUGUUUUGGGAAAUAGUUCCUUGCUUGUUACUAAGCAAGUAAGUAAGAAGAAGAAGCGGAUGCGGUGUGACCUCCCACCAGAAACUGUGACAACAGUCGACGAGAUGAAUCAGAUUUUAGCAAGGCACCGCAGAUCUUCACGCGCAAUGCGACCACGUUGGUCUUCUAGGAGAGAUGAGGAGAUGUUAGCUGCAAGAAAGGAGAUAGAGAAUGCUCCUGUUGCAACAGUUGAACGAGAACUCUACCCUCCAAUAUUUCGUAAUUUUACCAUGUUUAAAAGGAGCUAUGACCUUAUGGAACGGACACUCAAGAUUUAUGUAUACAAGGAAGGAAGCCGACCCAUUUUCCAUACUCCGAUACUCAAGGGCUUGUAUGCAUCAGAAGGAUGGUUCAUGAAGUUGAUGGAAGGAAACAAGCAGUACACUGUGAAGGACCCAAGAAGGGCUCACUUGUACUACAUGCCAUUUAGUGCACGGAUGCUAGAAUAUACGCUUUACGUGCGUAACUCUCACAACCGGACUAACCUACGCCAGUUUCUUAAGGAGUACACCGAGCACAUCAGUUCCAAGUACCCUUUCUUCAAUAGAACCGGUGGAGCUGAUCAUUUUCUUGUCGCCUGUCAUGAUUGGGCACCGUAUGAGACAAGGCACCACAUGGAGCAUUGCAUUAAAGCUCUAUGCAAUGCAGACAUAACAGCAGGCUUCAAGAUUGGAAGAGACGUUUCGCUCCCUGAAACAUAUGUCCGAGCUGCUAAAAACCCGCUUCGUGAUUUAGGUGGGAAACCGCCGUUUCAGAGGCGGACUCUGGCUUUCUACGCCGGAAGCAUGCACGGUUACCUGCGUCCGAUUCUGUUACAGCACUGGAAAGACAAAGAUCCGGAGAUGAAGAUCUUCGGACGGAUGCCACUUGGCGUGGCGAGCAAGAUGAAUUACAUAGAGCAGAUGAAAAGCAGCAAGUACUGCAUUUGUCCUAAAGGUUUCGAGGUCAACAGCCCGAGGGUGGUUGAGUCGAUAUUCUACGAGUGUGUCCCUGUGAUUAUAUCAGACAACUUUGUGCCGCCUUUCUUUGAGGUUCUUGACUGGAGCGCGUUCUCGGUCAUCGUUGCGGAGAAAGACAUCCCGAGGUUGAAAGAUAUUUUGUCGUCGAUACCGGAAGAAAGAUACGUGAAGAUGCAAAUGGCUGUGAGAAAGGCGCAGAGGCACUUUCUGUGGCAUGCUAAACCGGAGAAAUACGAUCUGUUUCAUAUGGUUUUGCAUUCUAUUUGGUAUAACAGAGUGUUCCAAGCUAAGCGUAGAUGA